UAGCUUUCUGAUCAGUUAUUUAGCUAGUUUGCUUGAAUAAAUAUAACAUUUCACGGUGUUUGUAGUACUAUGGAACCAAUCUUUCCAGCAAUUAAAUGAAAGGAACCAUGCUUGUCUGACCACGUUUAGAAGCGAGCAAAAUGACUAAUAUUUUGGGACGUCAGGACUGCAUUGACAGUCUUCGUAAAGAUCUAACAGAUCUUCAAGGCGCAGUUAUAGAAGUUUUCUCCAAAACUGGAUAUGUGCGCUUCCCUUCUUGGAAGUUUCCUGACAAGCUAUCCUGCAGUUUGGACAUGGUUGAACUGUUAGAUCAGUAUGACUUCGUUGAAGGGGAUGAAGAGUUCAGUCAGCAUUCUCACAUUGUUUUGCUAGAGCUGGUGAUUGACAGGAUGGUACUGCUGCUGCAAAGUUUCAAUGCCCAUGCAGAAUUGGUUCUGGGUGGCAACAGAAAUAGUUCACGCAUCCCGCAGACUAGUCCCCUUGGGUCCAUUGGCCUAGUGACCAAACGCUACUGGAGUAAUGUGGCCCUCCUGUGCACAUUACUUCAGAAUGUUCAGCAGGAGAAGUCAAAAGAGAAUGAAGAAGCCUCUGAAGAGAAGGCCGGCAAGCAGGUGAAAGCCAGCGGUAAGACAAAGAUGCACAUCUUGUCAGCUCCCCCUCAACAGAACCCCAGGAACAACCUCAACCAGCGAGUGUCCUCGGUGCCUCAGCAGAGUUCCUCAGGAGCAGGACCUAGAGUUUGCCCCAGAGUGCACAACAUUUCCACAGACGUACGCACCGUGAGCAGCCAGACUGUGACGUCGGCGCUCGUACCCUGUGAGGCCUGCGCGCGGGUCCAGUCGAGCAUGCGGGAGGUGAGCGACGCCCUGGUGGAGCUGUGUCAAAUCCAGGGCCUGCCCUCCUCCCUGAUGUACUUCCUGGCUGCGCUGGACGAGUCCCUUGAGCAGGGGCGGCUGUCGGCCGGCGACGUGGCGCAGUGGGCCGUAGAGCAGAGGCGGGACCUGGGGCGGCUGGGGAAACACCUGGCCAAGAUGCGUGACACCGUGCAGCCUCUCAGGGAGAGCCUGGUGGCACUGGAGGAGGCGCGCGAGGAGCUGAUGAAGCAGCUGGAGGAGGCGCAGGAGCAGCAGGCCAGGCAGAGGUCGCAGUACCAGGCUGGCCUGCAGGAGCACGAUGUCAGGCUGCGGGAGGCCCAGUCCAAGAAAGAGGAGGCAGCGGGCAGACAGCACGAGGAGCUCAAGAAAUGUAUCAAAUCUCUGGAAAAGAAGAAUGCAAAACUUCAGGCACAAAUUGAUAUCCAGUCAGAUACAAUACACAGGCUUGAAUGUGUGAGAGAUGGGCUGCAACAGGACGUGAGCGCCAGAGAAGAAGACCAGCAGGCCAUUCAGAAACUGGAGGAGAAGAUCCGGCUUCUGGAAGCGCAGCUGUUGGCCAAUCAGACCCUACUGGACAAGGAGUCCGCCAAGUACCAAAGUGCCUGUCGACAGCAAGAGUCCAUGCAGUUGAAGCAGAAGGCCAUGUUGGAACAAGUCGACACGCUGGACCGGGAGUGCGAGGAGAUGCAGAGACGGCUGGGGGAGAGUGAGGAGGCCAAGGAGGACCUGCAGGAGAAAAUGACACAAAUGUUGGAGGAGAAGAACCAACUCAACGAUAAACUUGCAGAACAGCAGGCCCAGGUUGCAGGGGUGCAGGAGGAAAAGCAGGGCUUGCAGAGCCACAUGGAGGACCUGCAGAGGACUGUGACGCAGCUGCAGGACGAGGUGCUGGAGCUGACCCACAGAGAGAAGCUGCUGGUUGCCUAUCCCGAGCUCAGCGCCCUGGCGCACGGACCACCACAGAGUACGGGGGACGUGUUCAAAGACAUGGAGCAGCAGCUGCUGGCAAACAGCAUGCGCAUCCGGAUUCUGGAGCAGCAGAACGCCACCCUGUGCAGCAGCCUGGUCAGGCUGAAGGACAAAGCCGAGCAUGGAGACUUCAGCUCGGCCUCUCCUCAGCAGCUGGGAGUCCCUUCUCUUCCACGAGCAGGCCAGGGGAACCCUGCCUCCACCAUAGGCCAUAAUGCACACAGCCGUGUGCCCGGUCAGGGGGUGAAGCAGCAGGGGCUGGGGGAUGGAAGUGGCCUUGCUCGGGCCGCAGAGACAGUGGGCCUCUGGGGUCCGCCAUCCUCUGCGUCGUCACUGGCUUCUGUGGCCUCAUCCUCAAAAAUACUGCACCAGCAGACCCUUGCGCUCCUGCUCCCCCCCGAAGACGACGCCUCCAGAGCCUAUGCCCGGGCACGCAACACUGCUCGAAUGCGUAACAACAACAUGGCUCCCAAGAAGAAGUGACAUCAUGACUGCUGAGUGAGACCGAGGUUAAACUGCAGUAGUUGAGGUUGUUCGACUGGCCUUAUGACAAUACCAGAGACUUACAGCCCUUCACAGGUCUGAGGAAGUGUCCAGUAGCACACAGCUGCUCUUUUUCUAUGCUCAGGUAAUGGCAAUUCAGGAACACAGUUUAUUCAUGUCAGUUCUGAGAAAAAUCUGCAAAUGUAUAACUAAUGUAUUAAAAUUGAAUGUAUUACUUUAGAAAAUAGUGUAUAACAUCACACAAUUUUAUGAAUUGAUCAACAUACCUUUUAUGGUACUUUUAUGCAUAUACAGUAUGUAUUAUAAACGAAAGAACUGCCAACGCAUAUCAAAAUUGAUGUCAUUUUUAUUUAAAAUGUAAGUACCCAAAGCAAAAAUGCAUCAGCUCUUAACUUUUAUUUAUUUAUCACAUCACCAGUUCUGCCUUCAACGGUGAAAUUGGUUACAGAAUAAGUUCCAUAAAUGUACAUAAAUUAUUAAUAAACUGCUUUGUUUAUUACGUUAA